AUGAUAAGGCUAAUCUCAUGGGCCAAAGACAUCUGUCACAUCCAGGCCCAUAGAAGUUGGUGCAGAAUAAGGCUGAAGAGAUCUCCUCUGGCUGGUUACUGCUUCUUGCUUGCCUUAUCUGUGAUCACUUUUACAAGCUUCUCUCCUACAUCCCUGAACAACUACAAGGAUUUGAAUUUCCAGCACUUGCCGAGGGAGAUGCUACAUGUGAAACCUGCCCCUUCUAAGCAUCUGUGGAGAAAUUCCACUAUCCCUCUUGUCCGACAGCCAUGGCGUUUCAGCCGUAGCAAACGGACCCACGCACAGGGAGGGCCACCUCUGUCAAAUCCCAGUCCAGCCUGCAAGCAGAAAAGCAUGCCACGCAGACAGGGUGAAUUAAGUCAUCGGGGUUUUAAAAAAAGGAGAAGGUUCCCUGGCCAGACUAGAAAUCAUAACAUCGCAGCAGAAAACUUUGACCAGGGCAGAAGACUCCAACAUGAAGAGCAUCCUUCCAGGGCUAACGAAAAAAAAAGCAGCUUUGAUGUCACUUUUACUCUAAAGGAUGUUGGAAGAGACCUGAGCUUCUCACUGCACACAACCAAAAAAGAGGUGCAUUGGAAACGGCAGAGGCAGUUGGCCCCCUUCUUUCCUCCUUUACAAGAUGGAAAGCCUGGAGCCUUUUUAUUUCUUAUGGACACUUCUGCAGGCCAGCUGACUGUACCACAGGAGCAAUGUAAGCCAGAUGUGCAGGCCGCUGGUGCUGCAUACCAAUCCUCAGAUUUAAUCAAAACUCUUACCUCAGACAAGCAAUUCUUCCAGAUCAUAACCAACACUCAGGAACGGAGGGAUAAUGCUCCUUUCCAAAAACUUCAGAGAACUUAUCUUUGGGCUGUACAUCCAGAGGAGCUGCGAAAAUCAGAAUGGUGCAAAGAUCCUGUUUUCAAAGGAGAGGACAGGCUGAGGUUUGCUGAGAAAACCCUUCCAUGGUUCACUCUGGAUGAUGUGGAAAAGAUGAGGCUUCUGGCCAAUGGUACAGUGGUAAAGAAGGACCGAAUUCCUGGCCAUGGGCAAAUUAUCAGAGUUGCCCUGUCAUAUAAUCAAGAUGCCCUUUUGCAUGACUCCCAAAGUUUGUGCUUGAAUGGGCUGUGUGGCUUAAUCAAAAGGUCCACUGACCUCUAUGAGGUUCUGGCAUUCCACUUGGACAGAGUUUUGGGCUUGCGCCGGAGCUUACCUGUAGUGGCCAGGAGAUUUAGAAGCCACCUGCUACCCUACAAGUACACCAAUGGUGCUCCUAGGCCCAUUGUAUGGUGGGUACCUGAUAUACAGCACUUGAAUGAUUCCAACAAUGACCAGAACUCCUUUACUGUAGGAUGGUUGCAGUACCAGGACUUGUUGCAGCAGCGGUGUGGCAUGGAAGAUUCCAGAACAUCACCUGGGAAAGCUCCCUGUUUGACUGUCCUACAUUCUGAAUGGGCCAAAUUGGCACUCUUUGAUUUUCUUCUGCAGGUUCAUGAUCGCCUGGAUCGAUACUGCUGUGGUUUCCAGCCAGAUUCCUCUGAGCCUUGUGUUCAGGAAUUACUCCAUGAGAAAUGCCGAAAUCCUGCAGAGCUGGUUUUGGUCCAUAUUUUGGUUCGGAGGAGCAAGCCUUCUCAUUUAGUAUUUAUUGACAAUGCAGGAAGACCUUUCCACCCUGAAGCAAAACUUAAUUUCAGACUUCUGCAAGGCAUAGAUGGGUUUCCUCGGACAGCUAUAACAGUGCUCCAAUCGGGAUGCUUGCAAAACCUGCUUUUACAAUCACUGCAUGUAGAUCCAGAAUUCUGGGGGAGUCAAGGUGGAUAUGAAGGUCUGAAGCAUUGGCUUAAUAUCAUUGACAGGAGAGGGCAGGCCCUACUCCAGUACAUUCAAGAGCAUAAUCUGACCAUCACAGAAGAUUCCUUGGAUUAGAUUUUGAUGACAAGUA